UAUUUCUAGGCAAUUGUAAUUUUAUUUAAAACCAUUUCUAUUUUUAUCCUUCUUUAAUUAUGCCUCAAUAUCAAUAAACGGCACUCGGGGUUUUUUAUAUGAUUUAUGACGAACAAAUCCUUUGCUAAAGGGUUUUCUAACAAAACCCUUUCAAAAAACCUUUUUUUACACACCAAAAGGUUUUCUAGUAGUAGAAACCUUUUUUUUUACAGUGUAGCAACAUUAAAAGUAAGUAUAAUCAAGAUUCAAGUAGUCAUCAGAUUAGUUUUAGCAAUUUUAUUGUCAAUCAACUUCUAGUAUUGAAUGUGCCAAGCAACCUUCACAUAUAUAUACAGGAGCAAAUGAGUGAUAGAUUAUCAAAUAUUAUAAAAAGUUAUGAUUUUUGUAUAACUGGGCAAAACAUUUAUGAUAUGCUAUAUAGUUCACUUAGCAUGAAUCAUAUAGAAGAUGUUAAAAAUAUUAGGUCAUUUUUGGAAAAACUAUGGAGACCCGUCGAAUUUAAUGAAGAGCUUAAAUUAACUUUGUUAAAUAAAAUAACACUGUCUUGUUUAGAAGUUUUAAAAAACUUUGAACACGAUAUUCCAACAAAAGUGUUUAAAAAGCUAAAAAACCUAAUAAAUGAAAUAUCUCCAGGUCGAGAUUUUUUGAAAAAAGAAGGUGGAAUAUACUCUAACGUAAAUAAAAGUAGUUCCAAACAACGCCAAGAAAAAUUUUCUGACGAAAUUAUUAACAAAUUAAAAAAACAAAAAGAGAGAAUAUCGAUAAUGCCCGAUUGUUUCGAGAAGUCUGUUUUAAAUUUAAUUUAUUUAAUCCGCUUAGAAAUUUUACCUGACAACAACAUUACUAAUUUAUUUAAGAAGCAAGAAGAACCAAUAAAUUUUGACACUUACUUACUGUCUUUAAAUGAGAGUUAUGCUACUAAGGGACGCAACUUUAACAACGAAAUAAAAGAAAACUUACAAAGAGCUGUAAAUUUAAUUAAAAUGGGUCACUUGAAUUCAGCACUCCAAAUUCUUGAAUCAUUGUUUAAGCAAAUUCAACCACUGGACAUCACAGAAAUAACCUUAUUGUUAGAAAAAGCUUAUGAAAACUUUAAUCUGAUAGAAAAUCGUGACGUGAUACUUUUAUUAGGUAUGACGGGAUCUGGUAAAACAGCCACUAUUCAUUUUUUAUCCGGUUCUAAAAUGGUUGAAAAACAAGUUGAAAUUAAACCUGGCAAGUUUCUUAAUCAUAUUACAGCAGCAAAACCACUCCCAGAUGCUUUAUCUAAAUUUGUUAUAAGUUUUCGCGCUAAAUCAGAAACUAGAUACAUAAACCCAAUUCAAAUUAAUUUAAAAGAUCUGGGCGCAUUUACGGAUAAGUUUAUAAUGCUAUGUGACUCACCAGGAUUUGGUGAUACUGCUGGCCCUGAAGUAGAUAUUGCUAACAGUAUAAGUAUUGUUGAAGGAAUCAAAUGUUGCAAAAGCGUUCGACCGGUCAUUUUAAUGAAUUAUGAAAAUCAAGGUGGUCGAAGUGAAGGUAUUCGAGAAAUGACAAGAAUGAUUCAGGAUAUGGUAAUAAACAUUGAAGAAUAUUUGUCUACAUUUUCUUAUAUUUUUACUAAGUAUCCGGACAUUGACAUUCACACAAGCCUUCUUAACAUUUACAUUAGUGUUGAAAAAAUAUCUGAGCAAAAUGACGAAACAUUCAAAGCGAUACUAGAAGAUAUGUUAAAAAAAACUAAAAAAAAAUGGAAAAUCUUUAGAUCUUAUCAAUGAUAAUUCUUUAGAUGUUUUAAAUAAGAUUAUUAAAACACCUUGCAUUGAUGAUCCUAAGCAAGUGUUUAGGUACACAAUGACCGAACGAUCAAAAAAUGCUCUGUCCAUGCAAGCCGAGUACAAUAAGUCUGCUAUAAUAUGUGCCGCUAAGACUGACAACUAUAAACUAAUAAAAUAUAAAAUAGUUGAACUUAUAUUUUUGUUUACUACUUUAAAGUUAAAUGAGGUUAGACAAACUUUAAAGGAAUCCAUUGAUUUUGUAAACACUCAUAUUAAGAGAUGUUACGAAGAUACAAAACAAAGACUUAGCAGAUGUCUAGACAAUCAAAGCAAACUCUCGCUUGAUGAACUAGAAUACUAUGUUUCUCAAAUUGAGAAAUUUAAAGACCUUCAUAUUUUUACAGAUGUUGAGCCUUUGGUAAAAGUAAGUAGAUUAAGCGAAGCGUUGGUUCAAAAUUUGCGUUUAAAAUGUGAUCAAGAGGCAGAAAAUUUUACAUCUCUGAAUAUAUUUCAUGACGAUCACUCAAAAACAUCAUUGUAUAACUUAAAAUUAAUUAGUGAAAAAUGUGAUAACAAAGGAUACAUAAGUGCUUGUCAAUUUGUAAUCGACCAGAUGUACUACAAAGAGAAUCAUUGAAAGCAGGGGCAUGGCAUUCGUCUAAGUUUUCAUCUAUAUUUUCAUCUAGAAACAACUAUUUAUAUAGAAAUAAAUAUGUAUAAUAAAUAAAAAUGUAGAAA